CUCACCUUCAGCCUUCAAAACCUUGGACCCCUCUCUCCUCUCUCGCUGGUUUUGUCCCCUUCCAUCCAGACACCCGGGGGCGAUCCAACUGAGCCGCCGCGCGUACGUUCCCGAAGCCUCGUCCUCGUCCAGCGCUACGCGCCGCGCGAUACAACAACGCCCCGUGCGCGCGCGUCGUCGUACGUGGUGAUCCGCCGGGGCCGGCCAAGACCGGCUCAGAGGAGAUCGAGCCAGCAGGCCAGGGGAGGCAGCCACUUCGGGAGCUAGACGACGAGAGCUCCCGUCUAAACUAAUCCCAGCCCCGGAUCUUUUGUUAACCCCCUUCUCUCAUUUCCAUCGAGCUGAUCAUAUCCAUUUCCGCCUAUAAAUUUAGCUGCUUGCUAGGGUUUGAAACCCCCCCUCGUUUGGUUUCCUUCCAAAAGCUCCUCCGCGCGCACACACACGUGCAAAAGCCGCCUCCGGCCUCUAGCGGCAGUCGGAGCUUGCGUUGCGCCGCCAUGUGUGAGGGGCUCGUUGGCAAGUUGUUGCCGCCGUGCCUGUGCAAUGCCAAGGACGGCGGCGGUGUCGGGGACGAUGGCCACCGUCUCCGCGCGGUCGUCGUCUCACCGGAUGUCGCGGUCGUCGUUGUUUUGAACGAAUCGACGACGACCUUGACAACAACGUGCAAGGACCCGCCGCCGCCGGUCUUAGACGACAGGCCGUCGUUGACCAGGGGCGCGGCGAGCGAGGCCGCAUCGAUUUUGAGUCUGUCAUUGCCGAUGAUCAUGACGGGUCUCAUACUCUACGUGCGGCCGAUGAUCUCGAUGCUCUUCCUUGGCCGUCUCGGCGAGCUCGCCCUCGCCGGCGGGUCCCUCGCCAUCGGCUUCGGCAACAUCACGGGCUACUCCGUCCUGUCCGGCCUCGCCAUGGGCAUGGAACCGGUGUGCGGCCAGGCCGUGGGCGCCAAGAACCUCCCCCUCGUCGGCGCCACCAUGCAGCGGAUGGUGCUCCUCCUCCUCGCGCUCUCCGUGCCCGUCGCCUUCCUCUGGGCGCACAUGGAGCCGCUGCUCCUGCUGUGCGGCCAGGACGCCGCCAUAUCCGCCGCCGCGCAGCGCUACAUUCUCCUCUGCCUCCCGGACCUUCUCUUCCAGUCGUUCCUCCACCCUCUCCGCAUCUACCUCCGCACCCAGUCCAUCAACUUCCCGCUCACUGCCUGCGCCGUGCUCGCCGUCGCCAUGCACCUCCCCAUCAACUACCUCCUCGUCUCCGUCCUCGGCCUCGGCGUCGAAGGCGUCGCUCUCGCCUCCGCCCUGGCAAACCUCAACCUCGUGCUCCUCCUCCUCGCUUACAUCUACUUUUCCGGCGUGCACCGCGCCACCGGCGGCUUCACCCUUUCCGAGAAGCUGUUCAAGGACGUUACCGGGUGGAUGCGGCUGGCCCGGCUCGCCGUUGCGAGCUGCGCCAGCGUGUGCCUCGAGUGGUGGUGGUACGAGAUCAUGAUCCUCCUCUGCGGUCUCCUGGCGGACCCCAAGGCGACCGUGGCGUCCAUGGGGGUGCUCAUCCAGACCACGUCCCUGCUCUACAUCUUCCCGUCGUCGCUCAGCUUCGGCGUGUCGACGCGGGUCAGCAACGAGCUCGGCGCGAACCGCCCGGGCGCCGCGCGCGCCGCGGCCCGCGCGGGGCUCGCGCUGAGCGCGCUCCAGGGCCUCGCCUCCUUCCUGUUCGCCGUGUCCGUGCGCGACGUGUGGGCGCGCAUGUUCACGUCGGACACGUCCAUCCUGGCGCUCACGGCCUCCGUGCUGCCCAUCCUCGGGCUGUGCGAGCUCGGCAACUGCCCGCAGACCACCGGCUGUGGGGUUCUCCGCGGCAGCGCGCGCCCCAAGGACGGCGCGCACAUCAACCUGGGCGCGUUCUACGGCGUCGGCACGCCCGUGGCCGUGGCGCUGGCGUUCUGGGCGGGGCAGGGCUUCAGGGGCCUCUGGCUUGGCCUCCUGGCCGCGCAGGCCGCCUGCGUCGCCGUCAUGCUCGUGGUGAUCACCCGCACGGACUGGGCCAAGCAAGCCGAGCUCGCGCAGGUGCUCGCCGGAGUUGCUGCGCCCGGCGGCGACGCCGUCGUGAACGGAGACGACGACGACGGAGGGAAAGAGAAAGACACGGGGCCGCAUGCCAAGGUUGCGGCAUCGCAUGGCGACGAGGACUCCAGCUUGCUCAUCACCGUGCAGGGCUGACCGCCCCUACACCUUGACAACGACGGCCGUCUACGUAUGAAUCACGGUAACUAGCUAAUCAGGUAGCUAGCCUGGUGUAUAGUACAGUACUACGCAUAGUAGGUGUGAAGUGGAAAGAUUUUUGCAGUCGUCUGAACAAUUUUUUAGGGGCGUUCAUAUGAGUUGGUGUCUAGUGUCUUGAUGAUAUGAGACAAAAAAAGUACUUGUAUGUACCACGUUAUUGCGGAAAAACACCUGAGACUUUGAGGCGAAAGAGCCGGGUGUUUUCUGUAAUUACGUGGCCAAAUUAGGUGUAUUUGAUGAGUGACAACUAAUAUAUAGGUGGCCUGCAUGCCAAUAUAUUUUUGUAUUUUUAAUUUAGUUAUUAAAUUGUUGGUUUACACCCUGUUGUAUGAUGGAAAUAUGUACUUGUAGGCACACAAUGCAACAUGCCUUAUCCAGCA